CAGCCGGGGCGAGCGGCCGAGCAGCGCCGGGAGCGUCGGGCGCCUUGGAAACGGACGGAAGCUGGGAGGGAGCGGCAGCUGCGGCAGGAGGAUGCUGAGCCCCGAGCGGCUCUCGCUGCCGGGGCCUGAGUACCUGGCUCAAAGACAUGUCCUCACGUACAUGGAGGAUGCAGUGAGCCAGCUGCUGGAGAACAGAGAAGAUAUUAGCCAGUAUGGCAUUGCCAGGUUCUUCACUGAAUACUUUAACAGCGUGCGUCAAGGAACACACAUCUUGUUCCGUGAGUUCAGCUUUGUUCAAGCUACUCCUCAUAACAGGGCAUCUUUCCUUCGGACCUUCUGGAGAUGUUUCCGAACAGUGGGGAAGAAUGGAGAUUUGCUGACAGCACAGGAAUACCACUGCCUGCUGCAGCUGCUCUGCCCUGACUUCCCAAUGGAACUCACACAGAAAGCAGCAAGGAUUGUGCUGAUGGAUGAUGCUAUGGAUUGCCUGAUGUCGUUCUCCGAUUUCCUCUUUGCUUUCCAGAUCCAGUUCUACUACUCAGAGUUCCUGGAAAGUGUGGCUGCUAUUUAUCAAGAUCUAUUGGCUGGUAAGAAUCCAAAUACUGUGAUUGUGCCAACAUCAUCCUCUGGGCAGCAUCGGCAGCGCCAGCCCCCCAGUGACUGCAGCCCACUGGAUGGGGUAGAGGCAUCUCUGUUCUACCAGUGCCUAGAGUCCUUGUGUGACAGAUCAAAAUACAGCUGUCCACCUUCUGCUCUUGUGAAGGAAAUGUUGGGUGGUGCACAGAGACUAACCUUCUAUGGAUUCCUUAUGGCACUUGUGAAGGAUCAGGGGAUCAACAGAGCUCUAGGGGCUUUGCCAGAUAAAGGAGACUUGUUUGUGGACCCUGCCAUGGAUCAUGAACUUGACAAAUUGGUAGCUCAGGUUUCAGGGCUCUCCGUCUCUGGUGCCCCCAGCUCCAGCGGGGACACGGCCAGUUUGCCUGUGCGUAAUUCACCCCGGCUGAACUGUCCCUGGAAACCUCUCCACCAUCGGCGAAAAAUGGAUGCUGAGAGUGAAGGCUCCAACGAAGAGACAGACUCCUCUGAGAACUGAAGGUUGUGAGGGUGGGCACCAUUCCCAUCUUGGCUUCUCCAGAACCCAUUGGAGCAGCAGCAGCUCCCCCCAGAGCAUCUGCUCUGACCGUGGGUUCUGUCCACACCACCAGUGUGUGUGUGUGUGGCUGUGCCAGUCCCCUUUACCAGGUCCACCCGUCUCAUCCCCGCAGGAACUCCGCCUUUUUCCUAGCUCCACUCAUGCAGGAGCUGUUUCCAGCUGCAGGGUUCUGCUCCCCUCUGCUGGCAGGCAAGACAAACCAGCACCCGAUAGCUCUGCCUCUGCUUGCAAGCACCAGGGCUCUCCCCAAGGUUCACCAGUUGCUGGAGCCGUGGGAGUGCCGGUGCAGGCUGCUUGCCAGUGUUGUGUUGUGUAGUGUAGUGUAGCUGUGCUCAGGCUUGGCCUAGACAAUAGAGGGGUUAAAUCACCAGUGGCAGCUCUGCAGUCCUGCUCCGUUAUAAUUAUUCACAGUAAAGCUGCACCUGCAUGUGAUCAAAGGUAGAGAAACUCCUAGAAAAGGCCUUAGGUAUUGCCAUGCCGCUUCUCUCUGCUUCCUUCUCCAUGCAUCCAAGUCUUGCCAAAGCAAAUACAGCAAGUAAGCUAGGCUGCAAUAAG